UCCCGCACAAGAAGAAGAAGAAGAAGAAGAAAAAGAAGAAGAAGAAGAAGAAGAAGAAGCAGCAGCAGCAGCAGCGGAGGAGCCUGUUAGCAGUUAGCAGCCGCAGCUAACGUGAUGUCUACGGCCUCCAAGGUGGUCCUCGGCCUCUCUGUGGUUCUGACUGCGGGCACCGUGGCGACCGUUCACCUCAAACAGGACUGGGACCGACAGCGGUUGCACGAGGGCGUGGUCAGGGAUCUGCAGCGGUGGGAGAAGAAGAAGGAGAACCUGAGGAGGCUGGAGGAGCAGAAGCUUCUCACCAGACACCUGAAGGAGGAGAGAGAACGUAGAGAGACGCAGCUCCGCCCACAGGACCACCACUGA